CUCCUCCACCACCCCAUGUGCUUCCUGCCGGGCCAAGUUUGCAGCGCGCCGCCGCACGCCGGGCCAGCGGAGCGGAGCCGCGGCGGAGCGGGACGGACGGCGGCGGGCGCGGCUCCUGCGCGGCGCGGCGGGGCAGGCUCGGCGGAGGGCCCUCUCGCCCGGCCCCGGCGGCCCCUGCCCGCCCGCACCAUGCCGCGGCGGCGCGGCUGCCUGCCGCCCCUCCUCUGCACCCUGGCCGCCCUCAGCCUGCCGCUGCUGCUGGCCGCCGAGCCCCGCGCCAAAAGUUGCUCCGAAGUGCGGAGGCUCUACGCCGCCAAGGGCUUCAGCCAGAGCGAAGCGCCCAGCCACGAGAUCAGCGGUGACCACUUGAAAGUCUGCUCGCAAGGCUACACGUGCUGCUCUCAAGAGAUGGAGGAGAAGUACAGUCAGCAGAGUAAACACGACUUUAGAAACGCCGUCAUAGAGCUUAGCAAUCACCUACAAACCAUGUUUAGUUCCAGAUACAAGAAGUUUGAUGAGUUCUUCAAAGAACUUCUCGAAAACGCGGAGAAGUCACUGAACGACAUGUUUGUGCGGACGUACGGCCGUUUGUACAUGCAGAACUCGGAGCUGUUCAAGGACCUCUUCGUGGAGCUGAAGCGGUACUACGUGGGUGGCAACGUCAACCUGGAGGAGAUGCUCAAUGAGUUCUGGGCGCGCUUGCUGGAGCGCAUGUUCCGGCUGGUCAACCCCCAGUACCACUUCACAGAUGAGUACCUUGAGUGCGUCAGCAAGUACACCGAGCAGCUGAAGCCCUUUGGGGAUGUGCCGCGGAAGCUCAAGCUACAAGUGACGCGAGCGUUUGUGGCCGCCCGCACCUUUGCGCAGGGCCUUGCAGUCGCGAGGGACGUCGUGAGCAAAGUGUCUGCGGUGAACCCCACGCCGCAGGGUACGCGAGCGCUGCUGAAAAUGAUGUACUGCCCAUACUGCCGAGGGCUGGUGUCGGUGAAGCCCUGCUACAACUACUGCUUUAAUGUCAUGAGAGGCUGCUUGGCCAACCAAGGGGACUUGGACGCCGAGUGGAAUAUCUUUAUGGAUUCCAUGCUGCUGGUAGCAGAGAGGUUGGAGGGUCCCUUCAACAUCGAGUCAGUCAUGGACCCCAUUGAUGUGAAAAUUUCGGAUGCGAUCAUGAACAUGCAGGAGAACAGCAUGCAGGUGUCUCAGAAGGUUUUCCAGGGAUGUGGCCAGCCAAAAACACUCGCCCAGGGCCGGACCGCUCGCUCCGUCUCCGAAAGCGGUUUCAGCGCUCGUUUCAGACCCUACAACCCGGAGGAGCGGCCGACGACAGCCGCCGGCACGAGCUUGGACCGACUGGUUACUGAUGUGAAAGAGAAGCUGAAGCAAGCCAAAAAAUUUUGGUCAUCUCUCCCUGGCAACAUUUGCAACGAUGAAAAGAUGUCCGUAGGCACUGUCAACGAGAACGAGUGCUGGAACGGGAGCGCCAAGAGCAGGUACGACUUCGCAGUAACUGGCAAUGGCUUAGCAAGUCAAGUGAAUAACCCAGAGGUAGAAGUUGAUAUUACCAAGCCAGACAUGGUGAUUCGCCGGCAAAUCAUGGCUCUGCGGGUGAUGACCAACAAGCUGAAGAAUGCCUACAGUGGGAACGAUGUCGACUUCAUUGACAUAAGUGAGGAGAGCAGCGGUGAGGAGAGCGGCAGCGGCUGCGAGCUCCAGCAGUGCUCCCCGGAGUUCGAGUUCAACGCCACCGAAGUCACUGGGAACUCCAACAAGAGCGAUAAGAACGUGAACACUUCUGCCGCUACCAGGAGCGGUUUAUCACAAGCAGCCUUGCUCCUUAGCAUUUUGUUCUUGGCCAUGCAAAGACAAUGGAGAUAAUUGUGCAGCGUAGGGGGGGGAAAAAAAGACUUUUAUUAUCAAAGUUAGAAGGCACCUGCUUUCACUUUUAUACCAUCUAGGGACUUUGCUUUUUAAGUUAAUGGACAACAGUGUACAGUUUUUACUAUGUUGCCACUGGUUUUAAGAUACUGAUUUAUUUUUUUUUUCCCCUUGCUAUUCUGGGAAUAACAGGAACGGGGGACUACCAGUCUGUCUCGUUCACCAAGAGUCCAUGUUAGAGUGGAUAACAAAAGUGUAUAUACAAGCCUGUAGUUAGCUCUGCAUUUGUGUCUUUAUCACUUUUCUUUUUUCUUUUUUUUUUUUUUUAAUUUUACCAUAUUUCUUACAAGAAAAAGAAAAAAAAAAACCACCCCAGGGUCUUCUCUUGGCCUGUAACAAGUAUGUGUUUCUGAAAUGAGAAAUAUCUGUACAGAAGCAGGUUUUAUUUAUCGUGUUAUCUUACGGGGAAAAAAAAAUAAUUGCCCAACAAGCAGAAAACAUGUUUCACGUAGUUAACUUCCCAUUUAUCCACAUUAUGUUAGUUGCCUUAUCUGGAAAGAAGUGGAAGUAAUUUGUCUUUAUUAUGCGGUAAAACAGAAGGGGAAGGCAGAGCUGGUCAGCGUGCCAAGUGCCCCGUUUGCGCGGGGCGUUAAUGCCAGGAGCAGGUUGUUCCUUUUUUACAGGAGAUUGGGUUAAAUUGGAAGAGACUCCAGAGAAUUCCCGUUCUGCAGACGCUAAGAAGAGUUGUCGUUUGUUCCCCGGCAUCCUUGCAAUUAGCUGUAACUCCUGUAGGGCAGUUCCCGACGUGCGUCCCCCGUGGGAAUAAGGCAUUAAACUUGUUCGGUUGGAAGCAACUUGUCAUCUCGCAGAUCCAAAUGCCGACGUGUGUCUUGUCCGCAAGUUUGUUAGAUGAAUGCUGGAUUAAUUUUUUUUUUUUUUUUUUUUUUUUUUUUUUUUUUUUUUUAAAUUUUGUCGUCGUCGUUGCUGUUUUUAAGGAAUACUUUGUGGGAGGGCAGGCAGAGGCGGGGGCGUCAGAUUUGGGUUUGCAGGAUUUUUGUUUCCUCUCUGAGGGGGAGUAAAAGGGAUGGAGGCGAAAGGGACUGUUGCAGGCAGGCGGGAGUAGGAGCAGGCAGGAGCUGGCAGGGAUGAAGAUUCCUCCUUUUCUCCCUAUGUUUCAUCCCCUGGGAGAACGAUGCCCAGCGGCUGUGGCUUUUCGGCACUACCGGAGACACCCUCCUCUCUCUACCUGUGUUGUGUUGUGGUGAACAGCAACUCAUUAAUAAAAGAAAUGUAUAUUUUUAAGAAGAGAGAUGAAAUAAUUUUUAAAAGAGUUUAGGGAAAGCAAAGUCUUUGGAAAGACUCAAAAUUCUUCUGCACGUCUCCUCCUGCUUUAGGUAACCUUUAGGUCUGGCUCGGACGCAGGGAUCCAGCCAGGAGAGCAACCGAGAGCGCGAGAAUUUGCUCUUUUCCACCCUUGUCUUGUAAGGAUAAUUUUCUAUUUUUAUAUUGAAGCAUUAAUUACUUGUUAGCUCAGGGUCAGUGUUAUAUUCAACUUUAUUUUCACACCAAAUUUCUGCAAAGCUAUAAAGACGAAGUAUUCUUGGCUGGUAUAAACAAUCCUGGAGGCUUAAUUUUACUAGAAGUAGCCAGUUAUUUAUUAAAACAUGAUGUUAGUAGAGUUAGGGAUAUUCUGGCUAGAUUAUUUUUCUUUAGAAAAUAAAUCACGGAACCAUAAAAUUGAAAAAGUUAUAAAUUUAUGUGUGGGAAAAAAUGGAUUGUAAAUACCUAAGUUGCCUUGCAAGGAAUUGGAAAAUGUGCUGAUACUUAGAAACUACCUCAGUUCUGAGGAAUUUCCUUUCUAGCUUUGAGUGCUAUUACAUUUACUUGGUAGAAGUGAAUCUGGUCUCCAAUAUGUAGCUGAAAGAGUUAUCCCUAUAGACCUUGUUAGAUUGUUUUUAAUUUAGAGGGUUGAACUACAUCCAGCUGUUUUCUUUCAGCUAAGUUCCCUAACAAAGAGAAUUUCUGAAUUAAAUAUUGCUGAUGGUUUCCAUGACUUUUUUCCUGAUUUGUUUGGUUUCAUGGCAUUUUCUGAUUGCCCUUUAAUUAUUUAAAUGGUUCUAGCCAUUUGAAUUUUAAUCCCGAAAUAAACAAACCUUAGAUGCACUACCAUUGUAAAUAUAUCGCAGUAAGGUCUGACUGGAUAACCCUUCUGGCUUAUACCCAGCUGGCAGGCCGGCAAAGUUAAAUGAAGAAAGAAAGAAAGAAAGAAAGAAAAAAAAAAAAAGAAGAAAAAAAAAAGAA